CCCGCCUGGUGCUGCUAUAUUGGUCUGUGACACACGAUCGUGUCGUUCCACUCCCCCGGGAAAGAAUGCCGGUUCUCGAGGUCACCCAGCUGCGUCUAAAAGGGCUUGCUGCACACGACCCAGCAUUGCUCCACAGCCUAUCGACCGUCCGGGCUAAACUACACACCAGCUCACGGUUUUACAACUGCAUCGACGAUCCUAGUUUGGUUUAUAUUUUAGGCAUAUGGCCAAGUCUGGACGCUCAUGUCGACUUCCUUGCCUCUCCAUCCAGGGACGAGAUUCUCGGCCCCCAAGAAGACCUGCUGCAGUUUUGUUGGACGGUCCAUGUGGAGAUGGGUGGCAUAGACCUGCUGCCACUGGAUGCGCCUAUUUUAGCAAUCGAGAGAAUCCGUGUGUCAGAAGAGUGCACUGGUGCCUUGGACCAGGCCAUUCAAAAGCACAUACAGGAGCUACGAGGCAGCCAUUUGUUUAAAAUAGCAACCGGCUGGCGAUGCGAUGCUGAACCAACGACCCACGAAGUUCUCAUCUUUAGUGGGUGCCAAACCGCACAAGCUCAUGUCGGCUUUACAGUCAAGAGUCAUCAUAGCGGACAGUAUGAGACGAUAGAGAUUAUGCGUUGUAGAGAUUUGGAGCGUAUAGGAGACUGAGUUAGGUUCAGGCCAUGCCUGUCUCAGCUCUACGUUUCUUCUUCGAAUCAACAAACAUAGCCUCCUCAGCUAUGACUACCGGUGAAUCGCUACACUGUCUCAGUCACUAUGCGCCAAUCCAAUCGCCAGCUUAAUCGCUACACCCGAUUUCAAUGGCUAUCUCGAUCGCUAGGCUAAUCGCCAGGUUAAUACUGUACUCUAACCUAAUAGCGGCUUAUUCUCUUUACACAGCCUGAGUUGCUUAGAGUUUAGUACCUAAGUAAAGUAUUACAUCUACUAGGUGCAUAGCCUAUUAGCGCACGUUCAAGACAGCUUGAUACUCU